AUGUCAGAUUUGUCACCAGCCGAUAGGGGAGAGGCUUCUUUAGGUCACUUGAAUCUUGGACAAGACACUUGUGACGAUGUAGGGUUGGAACUUCCAGUAAUUGAAAUAAACAAAGAUCACCCGGAUUCAGGACAUGGAAAUGAAGAGCAAAAUGCCGAUGAUUGGUGGAAUCAUGUUCAGACAGUCGUUAUCAAUGAAGAGAACGCAAAUUGUCUAGAUGAUAUAAAUAGAAAAAAUUCAACUGGGUAUGCUAUUUACUUAAUAUACUCUGGAAAACGACUUGUAUGCCAACAGCAGAUUGAAUGUCUUAGAAUUAAAAUUAGGAAGGAAAUUUGCGGUGCCAAUUUCAUUCCCUGCAAUUUCAACAGUGGCCGAUUCAUGGAAGAAGCUGCAGAUAGGGAGGGUGGGUGUGAUCGAGCGUCGGCAAAGAAAUACACACUUGACUGUCUGUCGGUUAAUUGGUGACUAGUUCCUAGGCUUAAUUAUUCCGCACGGCUGAUACGAGAAAUGCAUUGACCGAGAAGGCCUGGGACGACACCGUACGGUUCAAUCCAUGCAUGAUGAAACCGUCCCCCACCCAACCCCCACCCAUCCAAAAUAAUGACACUGACGUAAGCGUUCAUCAGAAGGAUGCCUUAAAUGUGUGCAAUUCCACAGUUUGUUUCGUCUCUAUAAAAUCCUUUGCAAUUAAAGAACCGUUUCACCCACAACAUGAGCACAGUUACUGACAGGGUAUAUUACUGAGGAAAAUAACGCAAAAUAAUGACAUCCGUUAUAUAGGUUAAUAUAUCGGUGAAGGCACGACAUAAACUAAAAACACAAAUAAUAAUAGUGGUGAUAGUGGUGGUGAUUAUGAUGAUAAUGAUUAUCGUUUUAUCAUUAUUAACACUGACUGGGUGAGACUGCUUCUGUUAUUAAGACUUAUGCACAUGGUGGGUGUUAUCUGCCUAAGUCGAAGGCUGCAUGGAUAACAUCAUUCAAAAUAUAGGAUUCAUUCCUAAACCUGAGGAAGCGCACAUGCUUUUUUUGUACACAAUCUUGAAAACCCAGUCGACAUCGCUCGAGCGGCCCUUUUUACAUUCUUUUCAUCUUUCUAGGAUAUUUACUCGGAUAUUUCGUCCUCGCUUAAGACUCAAAACAAAACAGAGCAUAGUUACCUUACAGUAAUAAAUGAGGCACAUUUAUAUAGUCAGUUUUUACUUCUUAAGAAAAACUAACCUAGGGAUUAAAGGCAGUAUGCGAUUUCUAGUUCACAGUUUUUCUUUACUCCAUUAGUUGACUGUAGUUAACUGCUUUUUGUGAAAGUUUUAGCAUACAAGGAUUGCCUAGAAAAAGGAAGGAGUCACCUUACAACAGAUUGAAACCAGAAGUAGCCAUUAAAAAGGUAAGGUACUUUUUGCAGUGUACGACUUUGCCCGGUUUUUUUUUUCACGGCUUGCUGUCUUUCUGUAUUAUCCAAGACAGUGCUGUGCGAUAUUUCAACAACCUCCCCAAAUCAGACAUCAAAACCGCGUGCAUAGAAAGAGCCACCUUUUUACGCAAAUGGGAAGAACAAUUUCGUAGCUCUUAGCUAUCCUUCCCUAUCUUAACUAUUAUACAUUUCAUCAAUUAUUAUUUUUUCAAUUAGAUCUUUUUUCUUUUUAUGAGUUUUAGUCAUGGUUAAUUUUUAUACUUAGAGUUUUCCUUAGUUAUGUAGAGCCAAUUUUAAGGAAUGCAAAUAAAUCGUUAUUAUCACUCUAUAUUUUAUUCUCACCAGAUUCCAUGUCCAGCGGAAAAAGCCAAUUUUCUUUCUAAGCUUACUUUUUGGUGGUUUACGAGGUAUGCCUUUACUUUCCAUUAUGCUCAUUGUUUCAUAUUUCCAAAAUUGUCAAGGACUCUUCGUUAAUUGUAGCUCAGGCGCAAAAUAUACACUCCCUUCAAACUCAAGAGUAUUUCUUAAACGAAAAGUGGUCGGCUGGUUUCCGAUCCAAUUCCUUAUCUCGCAGGGCUUAACUUACGUGGCUGUGUUUUCCCGAGAUUCGCAAGGUUUUCCAGUGAGACACGUAUUUCUAGUCGUAGGCUUGUAUUCAAAGACAGUUUUCACUUGGUCCUUUAAAACGAUGACGUUAAAACAGACUGGCAAAAUCCCAACUAAUUCAAGUUACAAUAAGUUUCCUAUAAUUUCGGAACUGAAUAUUUGCGGAACCCAACCUCUAUUUUCCGUUUUGUUUCAGCGAUGAAUAAAAUUCAAGGAAGACAGAGUGUAUCAGAGUUGGUAAAAUUCUGCUUGUUCCCGAGUUAUUCUAACAUAAAUUACUUUACGAUUACUUCUCAUUCCUUUAGAUUUGUUCUUACUGGCUCCAAGAGGACUCUCUCUGACGCUGAUUUAUGGGAUCUGGGCGAUUCAUUUCAGGCCUCCAACGUGAUCACUCGUGCUAAAGGAUCAUGGAAGCAAGAACAAACGAAAUGCUUCAAGUACGAAAGCCAUUGUUUUGGCAUAUUAUCCAAGCUAUUUAAGUACUACUACUACCACUACUCGGCAUUUUCUAUAGCACUUAUAACGGUGGGGCCGAAACUGAAACAAAUAAUUCAAAUCAUGGCAGGAGGCAAGCCGCCAGCUGGCUAUUCAGUGCAAGCGUGGGUGAGGAUUUCAACUCGGGAUUGUGACCGUGAACAAAUCUAGGUGGAGAUUAGGACGGAACUUGAACUCGGCGCCUCAGAAUAGGUCUGUGCCGAUUGUCUGACCAAGUUUUGAGCUAAAAGUGAACGAUUUCACAGAAAACUUUAAGUUAUGCGCAUUUCUUGAGCGGUUAUCAACCUAAAGAUAUUUAGCUUGAAAGGAAAAAUUUAAUGCAUACUUCGAUCAAUUAUAGAAAAAAAGAAUAAUUCUCAGACAGCGUCCUAGAUUUUAUAAUCGUCGAAAUAUGAAUAAUUACUUAGCUAAGAAGUAUCAUAGUGUUCAGGGUGCUCAUACGCCACUUCCACAUUUCCCAUAAUGCCCCUUAUUUGCCCCCCAAAAUUUUGCAUAACCUGUUUAUUUUUCAGUCUCCUGGGUGUUACAGCCGUCCCAAGAGGAAUUGAAAACAAUGCUGCUAUGCAAACUUUAGGGGCAAAUAAGGUACAUUAUGGGAAAUGUGGAAGUGGCGUAUAGUGAACUUGGGCUACCUGUGGCUUCGCCCAUAUUUGCGAACACGGUAAGGUGCAAGCUAUUUUUCUUGCACUAUGUUAACAGUUAUCGCGAAAAACUGAAAAUAGCCCUUUUAAUUAAAGUUUAUAUUUAAAAUAUCAAGAAAUUUAUGUAGCAACUUUUUGGUAUUCCAAUAAGCAACUUUCGGACAUUUUAGGAGCACAAUCUGGACAGGACUACCUCCGAAUUACAAGUGCAGUGCUCUAAUCGCUCAGCAACGCUGCCUCCUGUUUAAGUGUAGAUUGGAUCCAAUAAUUAGAAAAUAUUAUCCAUUUUUCACAUGUAGAACAAGUUGCUAUUGUACAUACUUUGCAUCUAUUUUAAUAAAUUUUAUUCACAGUACUCUUUGUAACUUGAAAUGGGGAAAAACACUUUCUGUUGUGGAUAACGAGCUAUCUUUUUCUUCUAGGCAAGAUGAUAUAUUAUCGUCAGGAUAUCCCACUUUUACACCCGAAGUUAUGACGAAAGAGGGCGAUCUAACCAAAGUCGAAUUUUCGGGAACGCAGAGAAAACCCAAUAAGAAAACACCAAGCCUUGUGAGAGCGCUCACCAAAGUAUUUUGGCUCAACAUUGUCCUUGCAGCCUUGUUCAAAAUUGCUAAUGACAUUGUACAAUUUGUACAGCCUCUACUGCUUGAGUAAGUAGGGUUUAACAUUAGGUCGAGCCACAGUCUUUUAUAGGGAAUACAUUUCUGGCAGUUUACUUGUUUCAUUUUAACAAUAAGGCAACAUGGCCUCUAAAAGAAUCCUCUGGUCAGUUAAAAAAAAAAACGUUCUAACGGUUCAGCGAUGUACGUUUAGUUUCUUAGUGCUGACUGUUUUGUAAACCACAAAAGGGCUUUCUCCCUCAUAAGACUUCUCUUCAUUUUAUUUUUUAGUGUUGUCGAGAGGGCGGUAGAUCAGUUGAGAGUCAUUGUGCUCAUUCUUUCAGUCUGCUAAUUGAUUUAUUUUUUUUUUCUCUUUGCAGUUUGGUAAUAGAAUACGUUGGAGACAAAAACAACAAAGUUGAAAGCUGGAAGGGUUUCAUUUUCGCGGUAGCCAUGUUUGUUACAGCUAUUGUUCAGUCAUUUAUGCUGCAGUAUUACUUUCAUUAUUGCUAUUUGCUGGGAAUGAAAGUCAAGACGGCUUUAUUGGGUCUUAUAUAUGAGAAGGUAACACAAAAACACUGCAUACAUACAGGUAUUUCAAUCUUUCUGAAAUAAACCCCUUAAAGCCUAAACCUAAACCUAAAACUCGCCUUUUGCGCCAUCUUAAAAUACGUAGAAUUAGAUGUGAUGCUUCUUUUACAAAGUUUAGCCUCUUUUUGUAGCCGGAUAAAGAGCUAUACUUCAAUUUCCUGGAAAGUGAAAAAAGAAACUUCUUCGAUGAGUAAAUGACAUCUAAUUUGUACACCGUAUCAGAAUACAACAACUUCAACGUGCAUCGACAAAGUCGCAAAAGGAACACACUAUAUUGUAUCGGAUUUAAUCUCAGUUCAUUAUUUUAUAGGCUCUUCUUCUUAACAAUGCAUCUCGACGCCAGUCCAGCGCGGGUGAGAUGGUGAACUUAAUGUCUGUUGACACGCAGCGCAUUAUGGACCUCGCCACCUACGUGAACAUGCUCUGGUCCUCUCCACUUCAGAUUUUAGUCGCCAUAUAUUUGUUGUCCGUUUCCAUGGGAAUAUCGAUUCUUGCAGGAGUCGGUGUCUUAGUACUGAUGAUACCUUUGAACCUGAUCGUUACCAGGCAGUCACGUGUACAACAGGUAACAUGACAACGAACUUGUUGUAAGGAAUAAAAAAGUCUGUCUAUCCACUGGGCUUGUUAUGGCUGGUUCCCAUGUAGUCAUCUGGAUCGUUCUGAUCUUUGGGAGGAUUGUUAAUGCACUGUACUUUGUGUAUUGUCUUCUUAGGUCAAUCAAUUGGUAGAAAAAGACUCCCGCAUCCUUAUUAUGAACGAGGUCCUGAGUGGUAUUAAGGUAACGUGAACUGACGGCAACAUAACAAGUGUGUGAUUGUUAAAAUGUGGACAAAUAACGUUCAAAAGAUGAAUUUUAGAGAAGCGAUAAUAUCACAGGGCUUAUAAGAACCCUUCAGACGCUCGAACCCAUUAAAACAAAAGCCAAAACGAGUUGGAUGCGUGUAGGUCCAUCGAACACGGCACAAGCUGCAAGAAACACGAAUAGAUUGGAAAGCAAAAGUUAGAAAUAUUUUGGACUUAGCCAGACUGAUGAUGAUGAUGACGAUGAUGAUGAUGCGACUGUUUGUGGCGCAGUUUACAGUUAGUGACGAGUUGUGGAUACCGUUCUUGUAAGAAUAGAUCUGAAUUAAAAUAGCUACGUGAGAUUUAAGUCACUGCCGGAGUUUUGUUACGCCCCUAAUGGUUGUUUUUUUAGGUACUGAAGUUGUACGCUUGGGAAGAAUCUUUUCUAUCCAGAAUAAUGCAUAUAAGGAAUAAUGAACUACGAUGCCUCAGAAAUGCAUCCUGCUUUAACGCUGUCAUUGAAUUCACUUUCACCUGCGCUCCAUUCUUGGUAAGGGUUUUUUUCCUGUAAUUUUUUUCAGCAUUAACUCCCUCCGUAGAGUAAUAGUACUGAUCUAUCGUAUGGUUUUGAUGUAGUGAAGGGGUUGGGGGUUGGGGAUUGGAGGCGGUGAUGGGCAACGCUUAAGAUUCUAUGGUUGACCUGUAUCUGAUCAAUAACUUUGAAUACCCUACCACUAACAUUUAUUAUACAGUAGAACCCCGUUAGUACGGUCACCAAUGGGCCAAAAAAAAUUUGGCCGUAUUAACGGGUGACUGUAUUAACGAGGGUUUUUUUUUUUUACAAAAAAAUGUUUGGCCGUUUUGCUCCUCGGGAGGCCAAAAAAAGUGGCCGUGAUAACGAGAUGACCGUAUUACCGCGGUUAUUAAAGAGGUAGCCGUGAGGCCGGGUUUCACUGUACGUCUGUAGAUUAACUUCACAGUGGGGAAGAGAAACGGUGAUGCAAUUAACAAAUGACAUUUACUGCUCUUUACAGGUGUCCUUUGCUACAUUUGGGGUUUACAUUCUAACUGGAAACGAGCUAACAGCUUCCAAGGCUUUCUUAGCAAUGUCGUUGUUUAACAUUAUUAGAUUCCCAUUUACCAUUCUUCCUUUCGCUGUCAUCAGCUUUGUACAGGUGGGUUUCAGUUACUUAAUCAGGCUAUAUGUUAAAACGGGAAACCUUAUCAAUUCCUGAACGAGUUCUUGAGAUGAUAAAAAAAAAAAUACGGUCUGGAAGAUUUAGAUGAAUUUAAGUUGAAACUUUGUUGGGUCACAUCUGGGUCACAUCUGCUGGAUGAGUUGAUAUCAAACACGAGGAAGAGUGUUGUACGUGAUCUCCCACAAUUAUUGGAGGGUUAAGACCAGUGAUGUAUAUAUAGGAUUCAAUUUCCUUCCCGUCCGUCUCUUUUUCGCUUGAAAAAUAAUUAAGUUUUAAACGUCGUAAAAUAACUGAUGUCUAACUCUUAGUAGCCUGAAUUUCAUCCGAUUACUUCGAAUCGUUAUUACUCCCUCAGUAAUGACGUUGCCGGAGAGGAGAAAAAGACUCGAAGCAAUCGGAUGAAAUUCAGGCUAAACUCUUAGUUGCAGAACAGUAAAAACACAAGACUGUUUUAGAUUUACGUUUUUUCUAUACAUAAUUAGUACUGAAGUCAUCUGCCUGACCCAUCGAAUGAUUUAGUUUGCUUUUUCCAAUGAACUAAUGUAUUUGCAAUCUUGUAAUAUUUUUUUACAUUUCAGGCACUUGUAUCGAUAAAACGUAUCACAGAAUUUCUGAACCUCGAGGAAGUGAAUUCUGGGAGCGUUCAGAAGACUAUGCCCUCAGCGAGUUAGUAACCGUUCUCCAUUUCUUCUUUGUUUAAGUCUUUUAUUAACUUAAUCUUUUUCUUACUAAGUAAUAUUUUUUCCAAUAGAAAAAGGAUUAGCUAUUCACGUGAAAAAUGGGCUUUUCAGCUGGGAUAAAGAUGAGAUGCCUAUCCUCGAAAAGUAAGAACUCAUUUUCUCAAACUAAUAACCGUCAAGUCAGACAUGAAGUUAAAUCACUUUUCCCUUAAAUUUAGUUUGAUUUCGGCAUUUGUUUAGUAUUUUUAACGCUUUUUGGUGCACGAGGAUGGCAUUUACCCAUAAAAGUUUUUAGACAGGCUGUAACUAUCGAUUGUAACAAUCUUUCUAGCAUCAAUCUGGACAUUCCUGUGGGGUCUCUUGUAGCAGUUGUUGGUCCUGUAGGAAGUGGAAAAUCUUCUUUGUUGUCUGCAUUCCUCGGGGAAACAGAAAAACUGGAAGGAGUGGCUGCUAUGGAGGUCAGAAUAUUAAACAGCGUUUAAAAAAAUGAAAUUUUGUUUUAUUUAUAAGUAGCUUUAUCAUCUUUUGAGAGAUAUUUUCCACUAAAUUUUGAUUCUCUCUUAAAGUGUGUUUUCGAUUGUUCUCUUUUUCAUCUAGAGUUGGUGUGGUAACCGCAGUUCAAUAACGUUUUUUUAGAGUGAUUUUUUGUUGAGAUUUAUGAGUAUUGUUGAAAGUGGCCCAGUCACUUAUCCAAAUUACCCUCCAAGACCUCCAACACAGAAGUUAUAUAAUUUUUAUAUCAUGAUAUAUUAUUUACAGGGUUCUGUGGCUUAUGUUUCUCAACAAGUGUGGAUGCAAAAUUCCACCUUAAGAAACAACAUAACGUUUGGCAAACCUUUUAACUCACGUAUGUACCAGAAAGUGAUUGACUCUUGUGCUCUUGAGGCAGAUUUAGAGAUUGUUCCUGGUGGUGACAUGACAGAGAUCGGAGAAAGAGUAAGAAUAAAAUCAUUCUUUUAAGUUGUUCUUUGUAGUUGUACGAAUAAUAUUUACUGUCCUGAGAACAAUGUUGACUUAACAAACCUUUUUGCUCUUUUUUGGUCUCCAGCUUCAUUGUUAUUUUAUGUAUUAAAAUACGUACAUACAUAUACUUUAUUGAGCAUACCUAAAAAAGGCUUUUCAACAUGAAAAUAAAAAUAAAUUAAAUGGAUGAAUAAAUUAAUAAUUUAAUUAAUUAAUCUGAAAAACCAUGUACAGCAAUAACUAAAAAGUAAAUAUGUACAAACGUCAUCAUCAUCUAACCUAGUCCAUGUUAGAAAUCGGUUCAUUGAUUAGACAUCUCUAAAAAUUCUAGUAUUUAUGAUUUCCGUUGAGUCGUUACUUUUAAGUAACGACUCAACGCGCCUUUUAUUACCGUGGUGUGAAAAUAUGGAAUAAUUCUACAAGAUGGAAUAUAUUGAGGCCAUCUCUAUAUCUUCUCUGUCUAUCAUUUUAAUAGUAACUUUAUUGAAACCACCACUAGUUAAGCUGUUAAUUCUGAAUCUGUAAUCAUUUAUUAAUGACUAAGUCUUCUGAUUCAGACUAGAAUUCCACUCCAGAAUAAAUGUUAUUGAGGCUUAAAGAAAAAAUAGCGCAUCAAUUACUCCAAAUGACGGCAAUAUUGGUCGAGUCAGUAAAGUGUAAAAAAAGGGUUAGCAUUAAUCGAAUCGAUAGAAAGACGCUAAAAUCUAAUUAAUGACAUAAAAGUUGCUACGUGAAAGAUACAACACCUAUUUUGGAAGGGAAAUUUUUCCAUGGAGACAUUAGCCGUUGGGAGCAAACAUUUAUUACACCAAAAUAUUGCCAGGUGCGUCAAGGUUAUACGUAUCAAUCAUCUUUUCAAAAUCAAAGUCAAACUUUUGAGUACUACAUCAAUAUAUAGUAGAAACCGUAUGAUGUGUUGCUUAUCAAUCUCUUCUGUUCAGGGUAUUAACCUUAGUGGAGGACAAAGACAGCGUAUCAGCCUGGCACGUGCUGUGUAUUCUAACGCUGAUAUCUACUUGUUUGAUGAUCCCCUCAGUGCUGUGGACUCACAAGUGGGAAAACAUAUCUUUGAUCACGUUAUCGGUCCUAGGGGGACUCUACGAAAUAAGGUUUGCUUUGCUAAUUUUACUCCCUUUUUCUUCUACCUUUUAUCUUCAUUGCCGGGCAAUUUUAUGAUAUCAAUGUAGCUCAUACAGUACUUUGUUUGCAUGCUGGAACGACUUAUUUAAAAUGGAUAAAUUUCAUCGAUGGCUCUACCUAUAUUCAAAGUAUGUCUUAACCUUAAGUCGACUAACCCGUCGGGCCCAUUUCAACUGGUCCUUCGAAACAGUAAAAGUACGUUUAUUUCUCUUACGACGUCAUAAUUCAUCAAGACGGCCAUCUUGAUUAGUGUACCAUUUUUAAAAUUCACCGGUGUGGAAACAAAAUCUAUAAAAACCAAUCAGACUAAAUUCUGUAAUCAGUUUUUGUUAAUUGUACGAUUGUAGUUAAAAUUUAAACGGUCAUUGCUCAUGCGGACAAUUGGGAAUUCAGUGGUACUAGUCGCGCUAAGGACUAUAAAGGGAUUAGUUGUGGGCCUGUAUUAGUUUGACUGUUAGCAAUGUUUUUGAAGCUGUAGGAGUUAAAAUUCUACCAGUUUACAGUGUGUCCCAAAAGUUCGUUUCUUUCAUGCACUAUAUAACUUUUGAUCAAAACUUUAUUUUACAUGAAAUUUCAAGAAGAUGUUUAUUUCUCAAUCGAGUACAUGUAUUCAGAAUUUCAGUAACGGGCAUGCAGUAUAUUUAUAUUUUUUUUUAUCGCAUUCUGUAGCCGUUGCGACAUGAAGUGGGAUACAGCAUGUAGACCCACAGAUGAUCUAUUUGUUGAGCUUUUUUAUCACCUGGUGCGCAGGAGCUAGUCCAACCUCCAAACAUUAUUUGUUUAGUUCAGGCAGCUAAAAAAAUAUAUUUGGAACAUUCAUCCAUAAAAUAUAAUCAUCCCGGCCCCCUUCCACAGCAAGGCUCUUGUACUUCUAUAUAAAUUUGUGACGAGCUACGAGUUACUUGGCAGACUAAGCAGAGGAUUUUUUUUUGCCAUCUCAGGGGCCUCUAAUUUUAAACAUUUUGAACAGCUUUUCAUGACCCUUCCUGGACUUGGCUUGCUAACGAUGUGAGAACUUCCGCGUCGAAUCUCCUAUUUUGUAUCUAGCCUUCUUUAAAACUAUUUUAGCUGCUUUAUUCAGGACUUUUGGUCUUCCCCUUCGUUUCGUGCCUUUAAAACCUUCAUUUCUCCAUGAUCAUUUUACCACACAACAUUCGGAUUUUUCCAGUUUUUAGCAGUUUCUACAACAGAUAAGACAAUAAAUAGAAGCAUACAUGCUUAUAAUCUCAUGUAGCUGAACGAUUUUGCGUUAAGGGGGUUUAACUUUCCUGAUAUUCACAAAAAUCAAGGAAGGAGUUCGAGCAAUUCGGGCUCUAAAAUACAAAAAAAAUGUGGCUGGUAAAUAUACUCGCGCAUGCGCAGCUUUAGCGCGGAAGUACACAAAUCGAAUAUUCCAGUCAAAAGAUGGCACAACAAGUGUGAAAAUAGUGAAUUAGAUUGAAAGACACAACUUUUGUUCAAAUAAUUGGCUUACCAAACCCAAUUGUACUGAAAUACAGACUUAUAAAGAAGAGGAACUAACUUUUGGGACACACUGUAUUUCUGUGCCUCCUGUCUGAAUUGUGUCCCAUAUUUUUGUUUUAAUUUUUCACCAGACACGUGUCCUGGUUACUCACAAAUGAAAGUAUGGAAUUUAUUAAAAGAGCAAGAGCUGAAAGUCUUCUUUCGGUGAUAACCUCUGAUAGUGGAAACGUCAACUUUUGUGCCUCUUCCCAGCGUUAUGAUACUUUGGCCGACAUGAUGACAACAAAGGAAGAAGCAGAAAUCGGCGGGGUAAGGAUUUGUUAAAUUUUUCAAGGUCAAACCUCAGCAAUUAAUACACAAACCAAAAGGUUUCAUUCCUGAAGAAAUGACACUGGUGCUGUCGCACUGAUCUCCAAAAUGUAUUUCUGUUAACAGGUAAAACUGACUGUAUUUUGGCGUUACUUCAAAUCUAUGUCAGUUUGUCUCUUUGGAGCCUUUUUUCUUUGCUUACUGUUCGCCGAAUGUUGGUCAGUGGCAGCACGCAUGUGGCUUGCGCACUGGAGCAGCACAUCAACCGAGGCCAACUCGACAUCACAACAACCGCAUGAGCUUGGAAUAUACGGUGGGCUUGGCUUGUCUCAGGCAGUAUUUGUUCUACUAGCGUGUUUCAUGCAAGCUUUUGGCUCAGUCAUGGCAUCUCGUAGUCUUCACAACGGAUUGCUUACUAACAUUCUUCACUCCCCCAUGACGUUUUUUGAGUCUAAUCCUCUUGGAAGGAUCAUUAAUCGUUUUUCUAAAGACAUGGAAAUGGUAGAUGAUCUUGUUCCAAGAACAUUGAUCACAUUUCUUCGGAGCAUCUUAGAGUUGUCUGCAGUGUUGUUUAUUAUUAGUUAUGUCACUCCACUUUUCUUAUCCGUCAUUCUUCCACUGGGAAUCCUCUACACGCUUAUUCAGGUAAGAGUCUUAUUACGUAUAUGGAAACAAUGCGUUGCAUGCUGGACAACUAAAAGGUAAAGGCGACCUCCAACGUCAUAAAGGCAUUACUGGGGAUCAGAUUGCAUUAUUAUUUAAGAACUAACAAUAAAAAUAAUACCAUCUACAGACUAUGAAGCCCCGCAUGAAUACGUUAGAUAGUCUGAUAGCUGACAUGGCUUAAUUGUUUUAGCGAAUAUUUAUGGCAACUGCUCGUCAGUUGAGAAGAAUGGAAUCAGUGAAGAGAUCACCUAUCUACAGUCACUUCUUUGAAACUUUGAAUGGCGUUAGUACCAUCAGAGCUUACUCACAAGAACAGCGCUUCAUACAGGAGAACUUCGCCAAAGUGGAUGAAAAUCAAAUGGCUUAUUAUCCCUACUGCAUUUCUGAUAGGUGAGGUUGUCAUGUCAGUUUUAAGAGUUUGACCCAAUUUAAAAUUAUGACAAUAAAACACCACUAUGUAUGAUGUAUUACCUACACUAUCACUGGCAUCUUUGGUAUAAUGACCAGCAUUUUUUUCAUUUUUCAUGAACCAAUGAUUCAGAGAGACACCUUUUGUUACCGAGACAGUUACCGAACAACCGUAGGGUAAAACGAAAUAAGAUGACUAGAAAAUUCUCAUAUAAGGCGUGGCACUUAGUUUCCAUUAGAUAAAGUCAAGUUCAUAUCGUUUCAUGAACAAAGAGUGUCAUAAAUUUGAAAAGUUUCCAGACGUUUCGGCCUUACACCUCCUUAAAGAGACAACGUUGCCUUAAUGUAUGACUAGUUUCCCGUUGAAGACAACGGCGACAAGAAAUCGUUCAUCAUACGUCAUUUUGCGGGAAAACCAGUGUUGGCGUUGCGAAAUGUAGGCUGCUGUUUUCUCAGGCGUAGUCUCCAUGCUGGUGAAUUAUGUUUCAUUGCAUUCUUUGUUUCAUUAAUAUGACAUGUAGGUCGUUUUUGAAAAUAUGACUGAUUCACUUAUGAGUGUUGUUCACUCUAUUACUUGUCUUACUUUAUGGAACUAAGUGGAAUUAUGAUGUUUGAUUUGUGCUCUGUUGUUGUAUUUUUGUUGGUUUUCAUCUCAUUAUUAGGUGGCUUCAGUUACGGUUAGAGUUUAUUGGAAGUUGUGUGAUUCUUUUUGCUGCACUUUUCGCCGUGAUCAGUCGAGAUAAGAUUGAUAGCGGUAUGGCUGGAUUGUCUAUAGUGUACGCUCUACAGGUAAGAAAUCCAUCUGACUUUGAGAUCGUAAUAUAUUUACCUUACCGUGCAAUACGUUUUAAAAACAGUUAAGGUAGAAGAGCCACCAAAAGGUUGAGUCACAAAGUUUCACUAUAGCUUAGUUACAAAAUCCACGGUAUUUUGGGUUUAAGUGCUCCGCAGUUUCAGUCUUUCCCUAUACGUAAAAUCCCACCCUAAACUCCUAUCAAAUGAAAUAAGUGUAGGACUCUUACAGCCGUUUACGGCCAUUUGCAUAGUAGAUCGAUGAUAAGUUGUGACUGAUAUUGCACUUUUGACUUCGUGUACUUAAGAUGAUCAAGAAAUAUUCAUCGCUUUCUUGUGCGUGUUUCAGAUUACAGUUAAUCUUAACUCCAUGGUUCGUAGACGAAGCCAGCUGGAAUCUAGCAUUGUUUCUGUGGAGCGUGUUAAAGAAUAUUCUGAGACUCCUACAGAGGUUGGUACACAUUUUAAAUGAAUCAAUGAACUGACUAGGUAAAAUGCAGUAUUACAGCCUAUACACUAAGAAAAUGAUGACAUGCUUUGUCCAAUGCUCGUACAUGUUGGUCACUUCAUUUCUCAUUUCUUUACCGAGCUUGAAAUUUACAAUCUUUCUUUAUUUAUCACACGCAUGACAAUUUCGACAUUGCCGAUCUUAGCAGUACGCAAGACGCAUGUCAUAUAUGAACCUUGUAUACGGCCCAACUCGCUACGAGUCCUUCGUAUAGCAGAGGUCAGAGCGUCUGACCGGUGUACGGAAGGUCACUGCGUCUCAAUUCCUGUCGGGGACUCAGAGUUUUUCUUUGUCCAAUGCUCCUGACAUGUUGAUCAUAUCAUUUCUCAUUUCUUCACCGAGCUUAAAAUUUACCAUUUUUCUUUCAUUUUUGAGGAUGAUAUUCCUUUAAAGUGAGAGCUACCUUGUAGCAGUGAUGCUAGUACAGUACAACACAGUACAGUUAAAAUGCUCCAGACGGUAAACCUGUUACCUUGGAGUUGCAGUGGCGACUACACGGUCGACCAGUGCAGCGAAACCACUCUUAUCUUGUUUAGACCUCUUUGCCUCCUCAAUGGAGAAAUUUAAUAAUUUAGCGAUAUUUAUCCAAGGUUCCGGUUUGUAUGGUCGCCUAGACUUCGCAAACAGCUUCUUCCUUAUCAGCGUAGUGUUUGGACAGCGGCAAAGACGUCGUAUUACUUUUCAGACCAACAGCAUUUCUGCUGCUGCCAUUUUAGGCGUUUUGUUUUUCUGCUUGUCUUCUUUUGGCGUAAGCUAUUUGAGCAACUCAUUUAUGACUUGCUCAGAGGCGUCUGCCGUAAAGAGGUUUAAAAAAUAACGUUUUAAGUGCUAAUCCAAACCCUGACUGUAACCACCGGAAUUUAACCCAGGAUCUCUGCCAUGAUCUUUAUCGGGAGUUUUAGAACCUUUUACUGUGCCUAAUGGAAAAAAUCAACCUCUUUAAAUUUCCGAACGCGGCAGACCAUGGAUAUUCUAUAACACAUGAGCGUGUUUUAAUUUCAGGCCGCGUGGAGUAUUCCAGACAUUCGUCCACCGAACGACUGGCCUCAAAGUGGAAGCAUCGUCUUUCAAGACUUUGAUCUAAAAUACAGACAGGGAUGUCCACUUGUACUAAAAAAUGUUAACUGUAUCAUUCAUCCGGGGGAAAAGGUUAGCUUCAUCCGCUCGUCCUGUUCGCAUAAAAUCUUAAUCCUAUUGUUGAAAGUGCUUGACAGGUUGUUUGGAAACCUUCCUUGAGCUUUGUUUCCUUAGUAAUUAAUCUUUUCUUGUACUUGUUUUUGUUCAAUCAUAUUCUUUAUUGUAACUAUUCUUUAAAGCCAUUCUAAGAUCGAGAAUGUACUGUUAGAGAGUGCUCACAGAAACUGAUCAGUUUAUUUUCUACUGUUUUGCCUCUUUUUAGAUCGGUAUUGUGGGGCGAACAGGAGCUGGAAAAUCAACUUUAACUCAAGCCUUAUUUCGUAUCUUGGAGCGAGCUGGUGGCAAAAUCAUUAUUGACCAACUCGACAUCGCGACAAUUGGGUUGCACGAUCUUCGUCAACGACUCACCAUUAUUCCACAGGUCAGUUUGCUUACGCAUGCGUGCGGCUUAGCCUGAGUAGGUAGUGACGCUAACAGCAAGUCAUGGCAACUUUUAAAACAAACCAGAAACGACUUUAAUUGCAUAAAAAGGUUGAUAUCUUACCAGGAUAGAUGAACUGAGAGUUUUAUGGAUGUGAGUCGCUUAGUGACAGCUCUACUUCUUGAUGUGGUGUUAUACGUCAUUACGCACUUGAAAUUCAAUUCUGUUUUUUCCCUUAAUAAUCUAUUUUUUUUCCCUUGGCCCACAAGAGCUUUAUGUCCACAUUCCAACUUGACCUCAGAAGAAACGGCGAAAGGGUCAUUUAACUUUUAACUAUCACGAAUUGUUUCCGCACAGGAUCCCGUGUUGUUUUCUGGGACUCUUCGGCUUAAUCUGGAUCCAUUCAGCAAACACACAGAUGAGGAACUGUGGCAGGCAAUUGAAGCAAGUCACCUUAAAGACCUCGCAUCAGAAACAGAGAAUGGGUUACAGUUCCCCAUCAUUGAAGGUGGAGACAAUCUAAGGUGACAAACAAAUCUCAGCAUACAAUCUCUCCGUUUUUUUAAACAAACUGGUGUUUUUAAUGACAUUAUAUUGAAUACAAAACCCCACAGAGGAUGACCUCAGUUAUGUAAUGGCAUUACAGACACACUUUAUGCAUCCCAGUGAUAAACAAUUGCCUCAUGGUACUCGUAAAAGAAGCAGUUACAUAGCCGGUCUGUCCCUAUCAAAUAUAAGAAUAUGUUACACAUUCAUCUUGUCCAGAAAGAUGAAUACCAUUUGAUAUUGUUAUAAAACUAAAUACAAAUCACAAAGGAGUGACUCUUAAAAAAGGUAUACCUAAUUUUCACCUUCACGAUUUUGUGUUGAAAGUUGUUCUGAAUGCAUGAAGACUUUGAAGUUGUUUUCGCAAGUCAUCUGCGGCAUAAUCGUUAUUUAUCCAAAUGUAUGACUGACUGAUGUUUUUUUAACUUUCAGUGUGGGUCAGCGACAGUUGGUGUGUUUGGCAAGAGCUCUUCUACGUAAAGGAAAAAUUCUGGUCCUUGAUGAAGCCACAUCCGCGGUUGACAUGGAAACCGACGAUCUCAUUCAGCAGACAAUUCGGCGGGAGUUCGCUGACCGUACCGUGUUUACAAUUGCUCACAGGCUCAACACCAUCAUGGACUAUACCAGGUAAAUGCAGUUGUUGUUCAUAUGUGAUUUUUGAUGACAGGAGAAUGUCGCUGUGCGAGAAAUAUUUCAGCUACUAUAAAACUUCGCGAGCUUAUCCGUUAUUUUAAUCUUGAAAACGUGAAUGGAUAGUUCCAUUGUUUGCUUUUGUUAGUGUGGCGGCUGCCCUGAAAUUUAUGUCAAGUUGAUAGUUUCCUAGCUCUUAUUUUAUUUGAUGACAUAUUUUGAUUUGUAUUUCCAGAAUUAUGGUUCUUGACAAAGGAUUUGUGGUAGAAUUCGACACACCCAUUAAUCUGCUGGCUCAAAAAGGAAUUUUUUACAGCAUGGCACAGGAGGCAGGGAUUGCUUGA